UGCAGCCGUUCCUCUACUGCGCCUGUCAUAUGACCAGCUUCCCGUUUGUUUGUGUUCAUACAGCAAGCUAACCGCUUACCACUAUGAAACCUCCUCAUCCCUGUCAAAACUAACCCUUUAACACCCACCGAGACUACCUCAAUUACUAAAACAAAGCCUGUGAAGUCCACACAGACAGUGCAGAGGGACUUAAAGCUUUAAAAAAACGGAUUUACGAUGUCGAUCGAGUACGAGGAGCAGCUAGCCGGAAGCCUGGUGGACUCUUUUCCAAAAGAUUUCGGCUACGGCGUGGAAAACAUGGACAUGAUGCAGGAAAACCUGGAAAAUUCUCCGUCUGCAGACAAUAAACCCAGAAUCCUGCUGAUGGGACUGAGGCGCAGCGGGAAAUCCUCCAUCCAGAAGGUGGUGUUUCAUAAGAUGUCCCCGAAUGAGACGCUCUUUCUGGAGAGCACCAACAAGAUCUACAAGGACGACAUCUCAGGCAGCUCCUUCGUCAACUUUCACAUAUGGGACUUUCCCGGUCAGGUGGACUUUUUCGACCCUACUUUUGACUAUGAGAUGAUUUUCAGGGGCACCGGCGCAUUGAUUUUCGUCAUUGAUGCUCAGGAUGAUUAUGUAGAAGCGUUAGGAAGGCUUCAUCUGACGGUGUCGCGGGCGUUCAGGGUGAACCCGGAGAUCAAUUUCGAGGUGUUUAUACACAAGGUGGACGGUUUAUCGGACGAUCAUAAGAUAGAGACACAGAGAGACAUUCAUCAGAGAGCCAAUGAUGAUCUUGCUGACGCCAGUCUGGAAAAGCUUCACCUCAGUUUCUACCUAACCAGCAUCUAUGACCACUCCAUAUUUGAGGCCUUCAGUAAGGUGGUCCAGAAACUCAUCCCUCAACUCCCCACGCUGGAAAACCUCCUCAACAUAUUCAUUUCUAAUUCUGGGAUUGAGAAAGCAUUUCUGUUCGAUGUGGUCAGUAAGAUCUACAUCGCCACCGACAGCUCUCCGGUGGACAUGCAGUCAUACGAGCUCUGCUGUGACAUGAUCGAUGUGGUCAUUGAUGUCUCGUGCAUUUACGGCUUAAAAGAUGAAGGCAAUGGAAACGCUUAUGAUAAAGAGUCUCUGGCCAUCAUAAAGCUGAACAACACCACAGUGCUUUACCUGAAGGAAGUCACUAAGUUCCUGGCGCUAGUCUGCAUACUGAGAGAAGAGAGCUUCGAGAGGAAAGGUCUGAUCGACUACAACUUCCACUGCUUUCGAAAGGCCAUUCAUGAGGUGUUCGAGGUGAGCGGCUCCACCCAGAGGACAGGAGCGGUGGUGCAGUCCAGUCCCCCCAGCUGCAGCGGAAACGGCCUAAGCAGACUCAAAUCCGCAGCGCUCAACGGGACACCCAGGAGCCUGGUUUAACCCAGGACAACACGGACCUCUACGAACACAGGGCCUUCACACUGAACGUGAGAUUUACUGGAGCGUUUCUCUAGUUAUACCCGCUGUUCCAGGACCUGAGAGACACAAUGAGGACACUCAAAGCGGGACAGACUACAUUGCUGCUUUUUUUAAAUGAUAUUUUGAUGUGUGCGUGAGUUUGUGUGCGUGUGUGAGUGAGAGAAAUUGUGUUUAAUUGUGUUAAUAGGAGAAAAUGGGAAAUAGUUCAGCCAACUGAAUGAGGUACGAUAAAGUGAUUUAGAAUCACACCAAGCAAAUCUGCAUUCAAAUCCAGUGACUAGCUAUCAUUUUUAUAUUAUUAUUAUGCCUUCAUAGUGGCCAAAUGUGCUGUCUAAGUAGGGCGCUCACUAUGUUAUACAUCCCACUUUUCAGCGUUUUCAGGUGGAAUUUCACACAAUGAAAAAAAAAACUGCUUAAAAUUGAGCGGGAUCUAUAGAUACAUUAAAUAAAACACGUUUUAAAGGGCACCUAUGAUGAAAAUCAUCUUUUGUAAGCUGUUUGGACAGAACUGUGCGUAAGUAUAGUGUGUCCACAGUCAUAUUGGGCUGAUAUAAACACAGUAUGACGUUAAAUUAGGAUCCAAAUCCCUCCCAUAUUGAGGCCCACCGCAACGUAACGUAGGAGUGCGGUUUCCCCGCCCAUCGAAUUGAUUGACAGCCGCGAAUUAACAUGUCUCCUUAGUAGCACGUAUAAUCUUAUCAACAAGACAGGAUGUGCACGACAGAUGUGUACCCGAAUCUGUGGCUUCAUUCUAAUCACCCAUCCGCCACAUAUAAUUGUAUGUGCUAUAUAUAGCCGCACCCGAUCGUCACUUUAAUAAAUCUAAUUCUUUGUCUUAAGCAUGAUGAUAAUAGGCAAGCGUGGACCGUUCGUUAUUAACAGCAGAUUCAGUGAGCUAAUCUGCGCAUCCCUUGCCAGAGACAACAUGGAAGGGGCGUACUGUAUAUCAAGGCAGCACAGGUCCAUACAUGCAUCCACGCAACUUCCACUGCUAUUUUUUUGCUGUCCUGACGAAUGUAAGAACCUAAAGUGCUUGUCAGACUUUGACUUGACUGGCCUUUCGAUUUAGGACACACAUGACGUUUCAUAUUUGAGGUAGCGGCUUGUGGCUUUCAUAUUAAGCGCUUUACAGCUGUUGCAUAGCCUAUUACAUACCCAGCACUUGAUUUAACCUUUGCUAAAACGCUCCCAUGCUGCACUUUUCUUUCCUUCCUUCCUUGUUUCGUUUUUUAAUUCUCCCUUUUUAAGUUUCUCUCGGACCGGUUUCGCCACCAUUUCUGCUUUAACAAGUGUGUUUAAAAAAUACAAGGCAAAAAUCUUUAAUAAUUAAACUCAUCCACUUGCGACUCACUAUAAUUAAUAAUUAAUUAAUUAAUUAAAAAUUAAUAAUAAUUAAUAAUAAUGUUUUUUUUUAUUAUUACCUGACCCGCGGAUUAUCCGCAGCGCCCGCGGAUAUAACCACCAUCCGCGCAUCACUAAUGUGCACAAAGCAACUGGGAUUAAAAGAUCUGUUCAGCACUCUGUGAUCAUCAGUCAUCAUCAAAUGUGAUCAAGAAUGAGUUUUACAAGUUUAAAACGUUUAUAAAACAGUGCAUGUUUGUAAUUAAUUACAGCGAUUUUACCAUCUUAAUCACCACAGCAGUGUCCGUACAGUUAUAAAAGAAGACGGUUCAAUCCCGGAUUGUGGACGUUAAAUAAGAUUUAUUUUGUACAUUAACAUAACGGAUAUCCAUACAGCAGUGGAGAUUAAUGUGUAUCCUGUCACAUUUGCCGUGCAAAAACUGUGCAAAGUUAAACGUGGACGCUUUGUGAGGUCGUUAAAUUUGUAACGACAUUGUGUGUGACUCAUCGUUGCAAAAAGUCUUGAAUUAACUCCACAACAAAUACAUCAAAUAAUCAUUGGGAAAGUUCUUACUGUGGUAUUUCUCACAAUCGUUACGUGAGAUCUGCUACCUUCAUGUCUGUCACUGUGCUGUUUAUCUGACGAAGCCAGGCACACUGACAGGCACGCAGGAACGGUGGGCAGGGAGAAUUAGCAUUAAAGGCACAGGCAACAAAAACAGCUACAUGGUGAUAAGAGCAGAAAAUUACAAGAUUCUGAAAGGUCUAAUAAAAAAUCUGAUGGGUGUUUUGAGCUGAAACUUUGCAGACACAUUCUGGAGACGUACAAAAGACGUAUCUUAAAUCUUGAAAAAGGAGAAAAAUAGGUGCCCUUUAAAAUGAGUUCUCAUUGCUGUAAAAGUUGUUCCUUUAAAACAGUAUUUUAAUGUAAUACAGCACGACUGGAUUACAUCAGUCAGUAUAAAAUAAA